CACAGCUGUGAUUGUUUUCUGCAGAGGAAGCUCUUGUCCCUGGUAUGAGCUCUGUGCUGUGGAAUGGAGCAGCACUGUGUUUCUCUCUCUCUAUCCCUCUCUCUCUCUGUGCUAACGAUGCUGUGAACAAACAACGUGAUUGCAGUCCUUGUUGUAACGAGCAGGAAAACAAGGAGGGGAUCCUGGUUUAAUCAUCUGCCGAGGCGCGAAUGAUCACGAGAGGAGGUUUCUCUUUAGACCAGACACUGAAGACGUCUGGAGAUCAAGCUCAAAAGUGCCAAAUGCCCAGACUAGAGGACCACUGCUGGAGCUGCUCCUGUGCAACAAGGGUCGAAACGAAGCACUCAUCUGAGGCUACCCUGAUAGCAUCCAAAGCCGAAGAAAUGAUGUCCAUCAUCACCACGGUGCUCAGCAAUGCCUACGGCUCUCUGCACAGCGUCCGGACGGCCAACCUGAUCCGCCGGGGUCUGGUCCUCUUCACCGUCGGAGCGUUCCUCGCCCUGGUGCUCAACUUGCUGCAGAUACAAAGAAAUGUCACCCUGUUUCCAGAGGAGGUGAUGACAACUUUGUUUUCGUCUGCAUGGUGGAUCCCUCCUUGCUGCGGCACAGGGGCUGCUGUUGUCGGCCUGCUGUAUCCCUGCCUCGACAGCCAUUUGGGAGAGCCGCACAAGUUCAAGAGGGAGUGGGCCAGCGUCAUGAGGUGCAUCGCGGUGUUUGUCGGCAUCAACCAUGCCAGUGUUAAACUAGAUUUCGACAACAACGUGCAGCUCUCUCUAACGCUGGCAGCCUUGUCCUUGGGCCUGUGGUGGACAUUCGACCGGUCCAGGAGCGGCUUCGGUUUGGGCAUCACCACUGCCGUCCUCGCUACUGUCUUCACACAGCUGCUGGUCUACAAUGGAGUCUACCAGUAUACGUCUCCAGACUUCUUGUACGUGCGCUCCUGGCUCCCAUGCAUAUUCUUCUCAGGUGGUGUUACUGUGGGGAACAUCGGACGCCAACUUGCCAUGGGUGGUGUUGAGAAACCCCACAUGGACUGAACACAGAAACCAGGCGAAGGACAGCCAAUGUAAAGAUGGACAAGUCAUGUGAAGAAGGAGGAGAACAACAGGAGAAAAAAGACUCAUUGUUUCGACUUCAUCCUUUGUUCUCAUAACAAAGUGCGGCUCAGAGAGCGCCUCAUCUAACGUGCCAUGUCCUCUGCACCUCCUUGUGGCCAAACCACCUCUCCCUCCCACCUCCGUUCUACUCCUUUAGCAUUAAGGCUUCCUUCACUCUAGACAGGAGGAGAGCGUUUGCCUUUUUUUUUUUUUUUUUAGUUUUUGAAGUGAACUUGUUUUAUUUUCCCACUGGAAGUAUCUUUCUGCGGUUUAUUGAGUGGAAGAGUGUACUUUUAGUACGGAUGUAUCCCGGACUGUUUUUGUUUUUUAAGCCUGAAUAUAUAAUGAUCAUAAAAAGGGAAAUAUUGUACGAGUUGGCAAAAAAAAAUGUCUUUACUCUCACAUAGAAAUGUAUUCAGCAGCCUCAGUUACAUCACUGAGGCUCAGGGGAGAAGUAUGUUCCCAGUCGAACCAAAUUAAGUAUUUAUUUUGUACCUUUUGAAUGACCCCGUAACCAAAUACAGUACAGUAUGAUUGACAAUGAAUGCUGCUCCACAUUUUAAAAGGAAUAGUUGGGGGAAUUACUUUCCUGCUGGGCUUUAAAUGAGAAAAUUGAUGCCCCUUUUAUGUAUAUUUACGGUAAAUAUAAAGCUAAAGCUAGCAGUAGGGGGAAACAUACUUACCGUAAAGACUGUAAAGUGGUUUGAUGUUCUUAUGUAGGCUCAACUAUUUAUUUUUUUUAACGUGAAACACAUUCUACAGGAUGGCAGAUAGAAUGAAGAGGAACAGGAAGUACAGGAGUGCCAAUUAGUUUGUACUGGCUCAUAUUCAACUAUUUAACUUCCCUCCUUCCUCAAAAGGAAAUUAGUAGCAUUUUGCCAGUAAAAGAUCACAUUUUAGUUCUCAGAAAACUACUCCGAGACCUUCAGUACGUUGUUUUGUCAGCUUCUAUUGAGUUUCAGGCAAACAGACAGAGGAUUGUUUGGUAAGAAAGUAGGAGGAUUUGACAUUAAAGCAUUAGUCUGGGUUGAAAAAAAUUACAGAAUGUACCAGGAGUAUACAACUACUUUUACCAGCGACUGUGGUCACCGUUUAAAAACACUUUCUAGUUGAAUUUGUGACUAGGUGUUAAAUGUCUUUGUGAUUAUUUCCCACUUUAAAUUCAAACCUAAUAGUUUGGGAACAUACACCGGUCGGAGGAGAGGGCAAGACAUUAUUACUUAAUUAAGAUUUGCAAUCUGUGAUUGCCUGUGUAUUAUAGAAUGUAGUGCUUUUGUCACUAUAACAGUUUAGUUUUAUCAUUUGUACAAACAUAAUGACAUUAUUGCUUAUGUAUAAUGGCUUUCCUAUGUUGAUCAGACAGGUAUUAUUACCACACUAGACCUACAGUAUGUUAGUUAGCGUUUGGGGGUCUAGAGGAUUAAGUGCAAUCAGAGUAUACAUGAGCCGAUUAUUCUUUAUUUAUUAUUUCUGACAAUGGCUAAAAAAAAGAUAACUUGUUGUAAGUAUAAGCAGUGUGGAUACUUCAAAAAAAGCAAUAACAUCUUUGUUUUUUGUGUCAGAGAUUACAUGCCUUCAGAGUCAAUACCAAUGACUCUCAACCAGAGAGACGAUAUAAAAAAAUAUUGUGUCAAACUGUUGUUUAAAAAAAAUCUCAUUUAGUUGUUUCGUCGAAGGAAACCUGAUUUAUUUUUUUAAAUACUUUCUUGAGGCAGAUCACUUCAGGUUGAAUCUGCUGACAUUCAGGUGUGUUAAACUGAAGAGGAAGCUUUAUUUUUUGGAGGUGGUGAAGCACCUUUUGUUUCGAUGUUUUAGAGUUUCUGUGUGUCUGAUAUUUCAACCGUGUAUCAUUUUUGCUACCAUGGAUUUAAGUGAAAAAUAAAAACACCUGAUAAGGAAA